AUGGGAUGCCAAAGCUUACAGGACAAUUUUCUCGAGAAAACAUCCGCCUCUCAAACCCAUCCCUCUUGCAUGUGCAAGAAAAAUUGUAACAACUUCAAGAUUUUCUUUGGAUUCUUUGUUUUCUCCUUCUCGUUACAUGUUGUGACAAUUUCUUGUUUUCUUGAUCUUCGAUCUGAAUUCAAACGGGAGAUUGCCUGGACAAGAGCCGAACCCACACCGGCGGUUGGUGGCGUAGUGCUCAAUCGUCUGAAUCCUGAAGGCGUCCUACAGGUGAACAUUACGUUUCGAAGAAAACCAGUGCCUUGUUCACCUGGCCCCCCAGGGCCGCAAGGCCCCCCAGGGCCGCAAGGGCCUCCAGGUAUUCCAGGGAUCCCUGGUAUUCCCGGGAGCAAUAUCCUAGGCCCAGGAGGACCACCUGGACCCCCCGGGCCAAAAGGACCCCCUGGUCCCCAAGGGCCAGCAGGGAUUGUCAAUAAAGCAAAAACAAAGGAGUUCCAGCCUGCAGUGGUACACCUGCAAGGUCAAGAAACAACAAUACAAGUGAGAGAAGAUCUUUCAGAGGGUGUGCUAAAAAACUGGAAAAUGAUCUGUGUGCACCAUAAAGUGUUUAAGAUGCACUCACGGUCAGGAGAGCUGGAGGUGCUGGUGGAUGGAAUCUACUUCAUCUAUAGUCAAGUAGAAAUAUACUAUCUCAACUUCACGGAUAUAGCCAGCUACGAGGUGUUGGUUGACCGUUCGCCAUUCCUUCGCUGCACCUGUAGCAUUGAGACUGGACAGCGCAAGUUCAACACCUGUUACACAGCUGGUGUGUCAAUGCUCCGCGCCCACCAGCGCAUCUCCAUCCGCAUGGUUUAUGAGGACACACUGAUAAGCAUGAGUGAUCACACCACCUUCCUUGGCAGUGUACGCUUGGGAGAUGCACCCCCUGCUGGCCGCUCCUAA